UUGGGGGUUAUACGGAGUGUGAUAAUGUCGCUCUUCUUCUGGACGGGGUCGCUCUCGUCAUCCUGUACGGAGGCCGGAGCUGCUGAGCUGCCUUUGUGUACUCUGCCGGUGAGGCACCGAAGAGACUCCGUUAAGAUAAUUCCUCACAGCUCAUUAGAAGGGGGAUGAGGUGCCACUUCAUUUGUGGAAGGAGUAACCAGAUUAAAGGGCCAGGCCUGAAGACCUUUCAUAAGGCUUUUUCAUUAUCACUAGGAUACAACUAUGGGUAUGAGAAUCAAACUCAACAGCAGAGACCACCCCAGCAACCUGCUACGUGAGCUGAACCAAUCUCGGUUGUCUGGAACAUUUUGUGAUGUUAAUAUCGUUGUGGGAAAUAGGUCUUUUCCAGCUCAUAAAGCUGUACUUGGCUCUGCGGCUGCUUAUUUUCAAAAAUUAUUCUUAAACACUGAUUUGGAUAUGGCUCGAACUUAUGUGGUGGAUUUUAUAACCCCAACUAACUUCGAGAAAGUCCUGAGCUUUAUCUACACUUCAGAACUUUUCACUGACCUUAUAAAUGUGGGAGUGAUUUAUGAAGUUGCUGAGAAACUUGGCAUGGCAGACUUGAUAAAGGCAUGUCAUGCAACCUUUCCUGAUCUUGAGGGCUCUUCUGGACACAAGAACCAGUGCUCUGUGUCCUCCAGUGAAGGCCGUUCAGGAACUCUAAGUGCUGCUUUAACAGAACAUAAUCAAAUUGAGUCCAGGGGGAAUGGAGUGGACAACCAUCUCCCUUCUACAGAAAAACACUUUACUGCACAGACAGAUAUAUCUGGUUCUUUGAAAGGAGAAGAACAUGAGUCUAAUAUAAAUCAAACGGCACACUUUCCACUGCCAGCAAAAACAGAAGAGCAAAGUUCUUCAGCAAAGUACCAGUCCUCACACUGUGCAUUGAACACCGGAUUUGGUCCAACAAGCACCUGCCCGUCCUAUAAAACCCAGCACAAUGGUGACUACAACAAAACUGGCUAUUUUCCAGGGGAUUCCUCUGUUAGUGGAAAUUCCAAGGAGUCAGCUGGAGGUUUUGAAGCUAUGGGCGAUCUUCAGUUGGAUGAUCUGGAAGAAGAAACAUUGCAGUUUGACGAAGGAGGAGAUGAAGAUUCUGGUCCUUCUGGGGAAAUUAUUGAACUGAGUGAUGGUAGUGAAGAUGAGUUGCUAUUAUUUGGUCAGGGAGAAAAUCAGAGUGGAAAAGCUAUGCCUUGUCAAGUGUGCAAGAAAGUGCUGGAACCCAAUUUACCGCGUAUUCGCCAGCAUGCUCGAGAACAUGUAGAUCUAGUUAAAGGUAGCUGCAAAGUUUGCCAGGCCCGAUUUCAUGACCGUGGUGCUAUGAUAACUCAUGUCCUAUCACAUAUUGGCAUAUUUCUCUUUUCCUGUGAUAUGUGUGAAGACAAGUUUUUUAGCCAGUGGCAACUCGCCCUCCACCGGGGACAGGAAGGCAUUGCCUCUGAGCAUAACAUAAUAGUUCAACCAGGUCAGCCUCUGCCUGGAGAAGUCAACACGUUUGUGGGGGCACUAGGUACUGAACUUCAAUGUGGAGCCUGUCAUAGGACCAUGUUGCGUGAUUUCCAUUCAGUGCGGUCCCAUGCUUUGGAGCACCUCAACAACAAAAACUUAUCUUGUGGACUAUGUGAUCAGAGACACUUAACACUUUGUGGUAUUAUGUGGCACGUUUUAUCACACAUGUCCAUAUCUGUUUUCUCUUGUUCUCUCUGUGCUAGCAGCUUUCUUGACCGUCAUUUGCUGGAAAAGCAUAUGGCUGUCCAUCAGAGCACAGAGGAAGCAUUAUUCCGCUGCCACCUUUGUUCCCAAGGUUUUAAGUCAGAAACAACUUACCGACAGCACCUCAACCAGCAUCGAUGUGGCAAUAUUCCUGUAGAACGUGCCGGAUAUUCUGAAUUCUCCCAACUCCAGAUUUCAUUGGCUAAGAGAAAAGCCCCCGAGGAUUUUACAGUAGAUGACCAUUCAGUUGUAGGACAGACAGGCCACAGCAAAUACACUUGUAAGGUUUGUGGAAAAUGCUUCUCCCAUACUAGUGAGUUUAACUACCACAGGCGCAUACAUACUGGAGAAAAGCCUUAUCAGUGCAAAGUGUGUCUUAAGUUUUUCCGGGGCCGAUCAACCAUCAAGUGCCACUUGAAGACACAUGCAGGGGCCCUUAUGUACAGGUGUACCGUAUGUGGACACUAUAGCUCCACCUUAAACCUCAUGGGUGAACACAUAGCAGUGCACAGAGGAAACCUGCCUUCAGACUUCACAAUUGACCAAACAUUUAUGUACACUAUCCACUCCAAAGAAACAGACAAGAAUGCCGAUAGCUGAUGGGUUACAGGGAAUGUAAGGCGGAGGACUGUGAAAUUUUUUUCAAUUUUUUUUUUAUUCUGUCCCGUUUUAAUGUAGCGGUUGAACACCGCAAAGUAUUUCAUUGUUUUAAAUGUUGCUACUAAUUUUUUGUUUCUUUUAUGUGUGUUUUUUUAUGUUCACUUCAAUUUUAAGUUUCUUUUGUCUACAUAAUCUCACAUCUCUGGAAAGAAGUCUCAACAGGUUCACGGUUUGCUCUGACUUGUGUGUUUUGGGUUGAGUACAUCAGUGUUGCUUGUUUGCCUCAGCUAGCUAGAUUAGGAUUUUACACAAAGCAGAAAAUAUAUAAUUUUGUGAUUACCCAUCUACCUAAAAUAGGGUACGUCUUCUUCCCACUCUAUAGAACAGAAAGGACUGUUCAUUCCAUUUAACUAUUUUUAAAACUAAACAUUUUAGUUUUGGGUGACAUAGUUUUAAAGAUUUAAUACAGCACAUGCAGAACUAUUCUGGACACCUUCGUAAUCUAGAAUCGGGUGAAGAGCCUUUAAGGAGUUACAACCACUAUUAUAAGAAUGAUUUUCUGUUCUCCCCACUGAAAAAAAUGCAUUCCAUUACUUUAAGUUUGUAUGUGAAUCGUAAUUUCAACUAAGCACUACAUUUCUCACAUUGAUGCAAGUCUUUGCACUCAUACACACUAGAACUUCUUCCAAGGCUCUACCUCUGUAUUUAUUUUGUGUAGUGCUAAUUAAAUAAACCUGUACGCAAAGGCAUAUGAAAGCUCCAAAUGCUGUUGUGGUUCUAGAAAUUCUAGUUGCCCAACUUUCUUUAUUCACUACUUUCAAAUCAUCACAAAUCACACCAGUGCUCUUCCUAUUCCAUUUUUUCUGUUUGUGCAGCCCAUCUGCUUUUGGCAGCCCCCAGCUUCUGCCUAAUCAAAUCUCCACUUGUGGUCCCUGAGCUAACCUCUCCUUUUGUAAGCCCAGGGCAGCUGUAGGGUGGAGAGCAUCCAGAGAUCAGUGAACACCCGUUCAUCAUUUUCCUCUGCAUUUUGUGAAUGCAGAAGAAGCCAUUGGUCAAAAAAAAAUUGAAUCCCAGCAGGAGCUGGGUAAGCAGCAGAUUAGGGAUUCUGGGGAUUAGGGGUUCAGUCACACUUUAUGUGUUUAUUCUGUAUUUCGAAGGAACUACAUUUCUAUCUAAAGUGUCUACUGGUAAAUAGGGGUAGAUUUACUAAAACUGGUGCACUCAGAAUCUAGUGCAUCUGUGCAGAGUAGGCCUUCAUCUUCUAACCUCAGCUUGUUCAGUUAAGCUUUGGCAAUAAAACCUGGAUUCUUAUUGGUUUCUAUGCAGAAGUGAGUCUGAUUUGGCACUCUCCAGCUUUAGUAAACAAACCCAAAAGAGUCCAGCGCACACCAUACAGCAUUGAGACCCCAGUCAUAGGAGGAGGAUUGUGCCACCAAAGCAUUAGUCCAGUCCAAGAUGGCAGCAGCACACCAUAUUCAGAUAAACAGAUAGGGCACAUUGUCGCCAACAAAAAGUGACAAUUUGGUGCCGUUAAGGGUCUCAUCGCAGUGCCAUCACUGCUGCCUGGGGAAGAGAUCCUUUAUCUGAACAUGGUGUACUAUGUUGGUGAUAUCUUGUUACAAAUGUAUUUUUCAUUCGUACCUUAAGAUCACCUGGCUGAUGUCUAAGCACAAUGCAAGUUUACAUGCAUUUUAAAUAAAAAAACAACUCUAGGCCUAUUUUUCCAAAUGUAUUUGGACCAGAUAUACUGUGUUUUUAAUAGGGUAAGCAAAAGCCUUUAAAAGCAAAUAGACUAUGGACUUUCCAAGUGCAGUUGCUCCAACUCUUGGUAGAUAAGGGGCACCCUGCUGACACAGUCUGUUUGCUUUUAGGAGGUCAACCCCAUUGUGUGUUAAAUGGCUAAUUACAUAAAAUGGUUUGCCCUAUACUGCAUUGUAGUCAUCCUGCAUCAAUUUGCAUAUCAAAGUUGAUAUUGUUUUUCAAUAUGAGUUAAAGAUAAAUAAAAAUGGUAGUUUGCAGUCCUCCACUAGGUCUUUUUUGCUGCACAGAACUCAGGAUACUAGUGAGCAAAUAUUAACCAGUUAAAAGCAGAACAUUUUGGUUACCCUCUUUGAAAUUCUCCUUGUGUUCCCAUAGAAAAAUCUGGAGGUACCCGUGGGUUCACCAGACUCUAACUGAUCACUCCAUUUGCUUUCACAGUUGGAGUGGAUUUGGGAGAAUAUCUCUUCAAAGAGCAAUAAAGGCUCAGCUGUGUGGCAUGUUAUAAAAAAACAAAAAACACUCUACAGCCUGCCUCCCACACAUACCUUUUUUUUUCAAUUAUUCAUCUUGUUUGACUUACAGGUUUGCAAAAUUUGUAGCACAGCAGUUAAAUAAAUAAAGGGCUUUUUUAUUUUUA